UCUAGUGUGCCCAAAAGCCUCAAGUGCGGAUUGAGAUUUUUAAGGAAGAGAGACUACUUUUUAUUUGGCCACACUGUUCAAAACUAACAAUAACAAUGCUGUUCUAUUCGUUCUUCAAGUCACUGGUGGGCAAAGAGGUAGUCGUGGAACUCAAGAACGACCUGAGCAUAUGCGGCACCCUGCACUCGGUGGACCAGUAUCUGAACAUCAAACUAACGGACAUUAGUGUCACGGAUCCGGACAAAUACCCGCACAUGCUCAGCGUGAAGAACUGCUUCAUCCGCGGCUCCGUGGUGCGGUAUGUGCAGCUGCCGGGCGACGAGGUGGACACGCAGCUGUUGCAGGACGCCGCGCGGAAGGAGGCGGUGGUCAGCACGAGGUAGAGACCAGGUUUGCCGGCUCUAGCCACCCCAAAAAGUCUAAAUCUUAAGUUAAAUCUUGUUAAAGUGAAACAAUAAGAGAAAUCCCCGGAAGAAAUGCAUUUACAUUUGAUGAUUAA